AUGGCGACUGCUCAGAGUGGGAACGGGAAUGGGAAUGGGAAGAAACGAAAGGGACAGUUGGGUGGGCGGCCUAAUAUCCCACCACUGCCAAAGGAGCCUCAAGCGCAAGCAACACCAGCAGCGGAGGAGGCAUCAGCGCAGGAACCAUCAGCACCAACACCAACACCGGCAGAGGCAGCAGCAGAGGCAGAACCCACCGCCCUCCCAUCGCUGGACAUCACUUCCCCAUCCAUAACGCCCGACCAACGCACCGGUGCCAAAGCCGCCUCGACCCAAACCUCCAUCGACAGACAACGGCGCACCUUCGCCCGUCUCUGGACGGGCAUAUUCCUCCUCUCCGCAGUAGGCGGCGUCGCUUACCUCAGCCGUGGGUGGACAGAGGCGGAGGAAGCGGCCGGCGUGGGCGAGGGAGUGAAGGACGCUUGGUGGGCUAGGAUAUGGCGUCGUGGAGGCGAGGCGAUGGACUAUUUUAAUAGGCCGCAGUGGAAGGAACUCCUCCCCCCGCCAUUGCCUUUUCCCCAUGGGAGGCCGUAUACUCUCGUGAUCGAUAUUGACGACUUGCUUGUAGCGAGCACAUGGGAUCGACAACACGGUUGGAGGACGGCAAAACGGCCAGGAGUGGACUAUUUCCUCGCCUACAUGUCCCAAUUCUACGAGAUCGUAGUCUUCACCACCCAAUACGUAUACUCCGCCCAGCCAGUCCUAGAAUCCCUCGACCCAUUCUCCACUUUCAUCCAAUACCGCCUCUUCCGGGAAUCAGCACGCACCCUUCCCUCCGGCCAGCUCGUCAAAGACCUCUCCUACCUCAACCGAGAUUUGAGCAAAGUGAUCAUGCUCGAUACCGUGAAGGAUUAUGCGGCACUUCAACCGGAUAAUGCGAUCGUACUCCCGAAAUGGAGGGGUACGCCAGGGGAUAAAGGUUUGGUGGGGCUGAUCCCGUUCUUGGAAUCGAUCGCCAUCCACAAAGUGCCCGACGUCCGUCCAAUCCUACACAAAUACGCCGACCAAGACAUCCCCACCGCCUACGCAGCGAUCGAAGCUGCCCAAAAACAAAAAGCCGUCGAGGAAUGGAAUGCCACGCACUCGAGCGCCUCGGGCUCUAUGGGCAGCUUCACCCUUUCCUCUAUGUUCGGCGGUGCCCCUGCUGCACCGAAGAUGCCCAUGUCCUACCUUGAGCAGAAACGUGCUGAGGCACAGGCGAUCUACCUCGAGGAACAGAAGUACUUCAAGGAGCACGAAGGGGAGAUGAAGCGACUUAUGGAGGAAGACAGGCAGCGGCAGUUGGGGGAGAUGAGGGGGAGCUUGUUGGGUUAUCUGGGGCUGCAGGGCCCCCAGGCGCCGGGUGCUUUGGCAGAGGGGGCAGGGGCGGCAACGGCCCCUGUUGGCCAGGGGAGCACCGGCCAGACACCCCCUGUUGUGGGAGUUGCAAUGGGGGGGAAGAGCGCCUAG